GCCGGGAUUACAGAUGAAGCCGCUAUCACCAACGAUGAACAGCCAUCACAACCUCCUUCCCCUAGGCUUGAAUCUACCGUUUCAGACCAACUCUCUAAAGAGCACAAAGAGAUCGCCGCAGGUCCCAUGCGGAACGAGCUCAAGCGUCUCGACAGGAGGACAGACCCAGACAGUCAAUACUACUACGUCGAGACAGUCUCGAGAACCAUCGACGAGUCGCAGCAAGCCAAUUGGUGGGACAAUUUCGCAUUCUGCCUGAUCCGCGAAUAUGACUACUCGAACUUCUACGUUCAGAGGACGUAUCUCCAAAUCAAUUCGCAACAUAUCAAGGACCUUCUGAAAGACACCAUCGGCGAAUAUCCGGGUAUCUCGUUCCACACAAAGGAAAUCAGUGUCGACGCUCCCUAUCACAAACUCUUCCACUAUCGCCAAGCCCUUCGGACAGCCAGCGAAGCCUGCGAAGUCGACUCCGAGGCCGCGGCUCAUACCAAGCUCUUGCUCGGAUGGAUCGACUCCGAAUUCAAGGAC